CCCGAGCGAGCACAGCAGCGGCUUCCUACAGCGCCCGCAACCGGGCGAUGCGAUUUCCCGAGCCUCCCGGGCGCAGCCUGGGCUCUCGCUCCCCGACACCGGCCGAGACCGCAAGGCCCCGGAGCCGCCGCGGCUAGAGGAGGAGGCCGGGAGGGGAAGCUGAGCGACCCAGCCUCCCUCCCCCACCCUCGCCCCAUUCACCUCGGCGACCACCUCGCCGGGAGCCUGAUCGUGGAAGGCCAAGGCUGGGAUGCGAUUCUCUGUACGCUGCCGAGUGAGCCGGCAGCUCAUCUCCUGGGUGGGCUGCGAAGAAAAUGCUGCAAUCUGAGAGCGGCUGACCCCAGUUGGGCAGCGCAGACGGGGUGCUAGAGUUCCGGGGCUCAGGUGUAAGGAGAAGGGGGCGGAUUGUGUUGAAGGGCCGGGGCAGUUGUUUUUCUGGGUACCAGCAGCUCCCGGGCAACACGUUCCCGGGGCUACCCGGGAGCCAGAUGAAGUGAGGCGGAGGCGCCGCGGGAGAGGCGGGUCUGAAGGUGGCCGGGUGGACACUCCAGGAGGAAGACCGCACUGGGGAGGGCGGCAUGACGCCCCGGGGACUGGCUGCUUGGCUGGCGGGGCGCAGCCGUCGCGCGACCUGUCCAUGGUGUUGAAGGCGCCCUGCGCCGAGCUCCGCGAGCCCCGCGUGGUGCGCCCUGCCGGGUGCGCCCUCCUCGGCGCAGCCCGCCUCUCGCGCCCGCGAGCUGCCGCCCCGUCGCCGCAAACCCCCGGCCAAGGCUCGUCCGGUAACGCCGUCCGGGUGACCGCACCGUCGGCCCGAGGGGCCGCCUGAAUGGCGAAGCAAGAGGCAGACGACCCGGGAGCUCGCGGGGAAAGGUCGGCCGAGACCGUGCGCCGACUGGGAGCCCGCCUCUGAGCGCAGCGCGCUGGCCAGAAGGAGCAAAGGACCUGCUGGUGACCAGAGGACAGAGAUUUUUAAAAGACCCGACCCAGAGACGAAGAAAAUUUCUUCUCUCGCAGACCGGAAGGGGGAGAGUGGCUGAGAGGGAGACCCAGGCGGGACGCAGGGCAGGCAGCCCUGGCAUCUGGAGGUUUCCUUCGCUGGCCGGCCGCAUCGCGGGUGUUUCAGUUCAUCCUGUCGUCUAGCGGCUCCUCCUGAUAGACACUCUCCUCCCCCAGCCCCCUCCCAAGAAGGCCAAGCGAGUGGGUCCCGUCGCCACCCUACACAAAGAAAGCCCAGGAGCCCAGCCGCAGCCGAGGGCAUUCGGUGUUUGGUUUCCGGCCCGAGGGCAGCGUCGCCCGAAGCCCGGCUGAGUGCGGCCGCGGCCGGUUCGGAGCAGUCGCUUCCUGCCGAGCCGGGAGGGGGCGGGAGGCGGCCGUGUCUGGCUCGCCGCCGCCUGAGGCUGCACCUGCUCCGCAGGAUGCGCAGAGGCUUGCCGGAGCCUCUCCGGAUGAGAACUUUUUAGGCUGCCCGCCCGCGUUCCCGCAGUCCCUGGGCUGCGCACCGGCAGCCGGGGGCCGAGGGGGCGCCGCUGCGCGAGCCCCCCUCCCGCCCUCUCCCCCUCCUUGGCUCGGCAGCCCGCCCGCAGCUGUGUUCCGGGCGCGCGGAGGGAAGGCGAGGCUGCGGCGGGUCAUGCCCACGGUGUAGCCGCGAAGCGGAGGCAUGGCUGCCGGAAGGUUCCUGCUCUACACGGGCCUCUCGCUAGCGCUCUGCGCCCUGGGCAUGCUGGCCGUGGCCGUCUGCUCAGACCACUGGUACGAGACGGACGCCAGGAAGCACAGGGACAGGUGCAAGGCCUUCAACACGCGCCGGGUCGACCCUGGCUUCAUUUACAACAACAACAACAACUUGCCGCUCCGGGCCAGCCGCUCGCGCCUGGACCGCUGGGAGGGCACACUCCUCCGCGCCCGGAAUCGCCGGCAGCUCUUCGCCAUGAGCCCCGCCGACGAGUGCAGCCGGCAGUACAACUCCACCAACACGGGCCUCUGGAGGAAGUGCCACCGACAGGGCUUCGACCCGGAGAUCGCGGCCCUGAUUCGGAAAGGAGAAAUUGAGCGAUGCACGUACAUCAAAUACCACUACUCCUCAGCCACCAUCCCCAGGAACCUCACCUUCAACAUCACGAAGACCAUCCGCCAGGAUGAGUGGCACGCCCUGCACCUGCGUAGGAUGACGGCCGGCUUCAUGGGCAUGGCGGUGGCCAUCAUUCUCUUCGGCUGGAUCAUCGGUGUGCUGGGCUGCUGCUGGGACCGAGGCCUGAUGCAGUAUGUGGCAGGGCUUCUCUUCCUCAUGGGAGGAACUUUCUGCAUCAUUUCACUGUGCACCUGUGUGGCCGGGAUCAACUUUGAGCUGUCACGCUACCCACGCUACCUGUAUGGACUCCCCGACGACAUCAGCCAUGGCUACGGAUGGUCCAUGUUCUGUGCUUGGGGGGGCCUGGGCCUCACGCUAAUCUCGGGAUUCUUCUGUACCUUGGCCCCUUCUGUCCAACCUGUCCCGAGGACCAACUGCCCCAAAUCCAGACCCGAGAAUGGGACAGUGUGCUAAAAAAAAAAAAACCCAUACAUAUAUAUAUAUAUAUAAAUAUAUAUAUAAAUAUAUAUAUAAUAUACAUAUAUACAACAAAACUCAAUCACGAUGAUGCCAGUGCCGAGGCAGAGUGGAGCUGGCUCAGGCACCUGCAUCUCGUCGGACUUUGUGUUGCCUCAUCACCGAGAUGGGGAAGGCGUCCCCAUCACGUGGCUCUUCCAUCAGUUCUUAACUUUUGGCUCCGUGGUUUCUUGAAGACAUCACCACUCGAGAUAGUCCCGAUUGCCGUCACUCACGAGGAUGGGGUGGUGGGCUGGGAAGGGACGGUGCCCGUGGUCUGGGGUGGCACGGGUGUAGACAAGGACGUGCCCUCCGCUGGGCUGGCAGGAGGGGACAAUACCCCAACACCGAUCAUAUCAGAGAAACGAUGCCCUUAGUUCAUAGAAUGUAACCAGAUCUUUGAGGCCAUUUCCAGAACCAUUUUCUUCUCCUGCCCUUCCCGUUCUGAUUUCCUUCCUGGCCGACCAGUGACACACAAGAAGUGGAAGAGAAAACACACCGAGAAGGGAGUUUUCUCUUUGCUGCCAAACUUUUGGACAAAGUUCCGGAGGUGGGAAGGGGGAGAGCACAGCAUGCUGAGAGACAAGAUCCGCAUCGACGAGAGGACACUUCAGUGGAUGCUCAGAAAACCCAGUCUUACCUUCCAGCUGCCUUACGCCCAGUUAAGCAAGAGGCCACCCUGCCCCGAACCCCAUCUGCACUCCCCAGGAAGAUCGGAGCCUUGGAGUAACGCUGUAAUUGCAGCUGAAAUUCCCAGAGGGCAGAACCAAGGACAAAACCACUGGGCAGAGGACCUGUGGUGCUUCACAUCCCAGUUCUGGGACGUCAUGGGAUUUAGUCCUCUAAUUUUGGAAGUUCAAGACACAGCUGGGUACACGAGCCAUGAGCGAAGAGGGGGAACACAGUUCAAGAGGGAGAAGGAAAGUGGCCUCUGUUGCUGUUGGAAAGUCCAUAUACCAGACAAGACCUUUCACUUCCCAUCACAGAAGCUGUCCUUUGUCACUGGACGUCCACCCCUUUUGUAGGGGUGACCUCUGUACAGAUGAAAGAAAAUGGGUCACCUGCAGAGAGAGCCGCCAUGUCCCAUGGACUCCAGUUUGUAUGAUAUUGUGUAAAUUCAUGGAGAACUCUUGACUCUUGCCAUCUUCUUCCUUUUCCUCUUGGUAUUCAAGGCCUUGAACCCCCAAGUAGCCAUCUUGGUGGCUAGCACCCAAACAGAGGUGGCCUCAGUCCGGCCCGGUGUCUCAGGCUCGGUUGAGCGCAUUGGCACUGCAGGGGUUGGCGAGCUGUGGAGCCAGCCAGCGGGUUGUGAAAGCUGGGGGGACAGGAGUCUGCCAGCAAGAGUGGGCAGCAGCAGCUGACCGUCACCUCAGUGACCCCGCGGGGGCCGAGCAGCCCUGGGGAGGCAAGGAGAGAAUCCCCCGAGCCGUCCAGCCAUGGGUCAACCGUGUAGCCGAGAAUUCAGUUGCUUCAUUACUGAAUGUGCUCUGGGAACUUUGCCACCCACUCAGCAGCCUUUCUUCCCAGCCAUGCCCUCUGUUUCAUCUAUCUGUCCUCUACCCUGCCUCCCCUCCAGAUCCCCCCUUUUCUCACCUGUGAACCAUUUCCCUUCUCCCUCUUCCAUCCACCAGGCUCCAAGUCCCGCCUCUCUCCUCAUCUGCUCUUUUUGACUGUGUGUGUGCGUGUAAUUCACAACCACAAAGGACAUCUGAUGUGCGUGGAUGGGUCUGAGUGUGGGUCUCUGUGUGUGUGUAUCUCUCUGGUGCAUUUUGUGUACAUUUGUGUCAGUAUGUACCUGGACGCAGAUGUGCGGUGUACUACUCAAGACUUCCUUGCUGGCGACACGGAUCAGCUUCUGCAAAAAGGCUCAUGUGUGAGUGAGUGCCCCGUGCGUGGGGAGCUAGGAGAUGACGGGGCAGGAAAUGCUGUUAGCUCCUAAUUGCACUUCUAAGGAUGAUUUAUAAAACAAAGGAUGUAUUCUAUGAGAAGGGAGAUAAUUUUCAGGAAAACCCAGUGUUUCAAUUGUACAGGGAAUUUAAAAAAAUAAUAAUUUGCUUUGAAAAGUUAGAUUUCCCACUUCAGGGGAAGGGCAUAC